AUGUCUGAGAGAAGAAGUGGAUGUCGUAGAGAAGAGGUGGACAUCGGAAAGAAAAGGUGGACAUUGGAGAGAGAAGGUGGACGUCGGCGAGAAGAGGUGGAAGUUGGAGAGAAGUGGUGGACGUCGGAGAGAAGAGGUGGACGUCAGAGAGAAGAGGUGGACGUCGGGGAGAACAUAUGGACGUUGGAGAGAAGAGGUGGACGUCGGAGAGAAGAGGUGGACGUUGGAGAGAAGAGGUGGACGUCGGAGAGAAGAGGUGGACGUCGGAGAGAAGUGGACGUCAACGAGAAGAGUAGAAAGUCGGCAAGAAGAGGUGGAUGUCUGAGAGAAGAAGUGGACGUCAGAGAGAAGAGGUGGACGUCUGAGAGAAGAGUUGGAUGUCAGAGAGAAGAGGUGGACGUCGGAGAGAAAAGGUGGACGUUGGAGAGAAGUGGACGUCAAAGAGAAGAGUAG